CGACCCACCCACGUGGAGAGUCCUUCAUGCUCUCUCUGAGUCGUUCAUCCAUGUCCCAUACAUUAUUCUGGCCACUGCAUUGUUUGGCCGUCAGGGUUAUGGGUUCGGCUCAGUCUCAGGAGUAUUCCGAGCCCAGACUAGAUGACGUCAUACCCCAGGCGAUAGAUCCCAUCACACGAGCAUUACUUUCGUUAUCGUUACGUUUACAACCUCAACAAUGAUACCUGAAAAUAUCCUACCGUCCGAUACUGAGCUCCCACAAGGCCCAGGUCUCGCUCCUUAUUGGAAAAGGGAUAGAGACCGUCAAUCUACUACAUAUCCACUUUUCGUGGUUGGCUCCAGCGAACUCGAACGCGACAUUCGCUGUAUGAACUCUACCAUAUUAGACGAUCUCGAAGGUCUCUCUACGAUCCCGCGCCUCUACCAAACGCUCUUCUAUCGCACCCGCGAAUUCGCCACGACUGUGCGCAAGCUAGUGGACGUUGAGCCUGCGUCGUGGGCACAUGCGGCAUGCCUACUGGUAGAUUGGAGUGUGAAUGUUCUAAGACACAAAGAGGUCAGAUUGGAGCGAUUCUUACACAGCCAACGCGAGAGUCUCUAUUGGAUCUUGGAUGAUGCGUUGUUGAGAAUUUGUGUGGACCAAUGGGAUCCACCGCAACCCACCACACCAUCUUCACCCUCUACCAAAUCGCAUAAAUCUCCAUCCUCAUCCUCAUCCUCAUCCUCAACGCCACAAGCAGUCCCAUGGGAUAUAGCUACGACACCCAUCUUACCAGCGCUAUCCAGAGCUCGAGGUUUGAUGCCGUUAUGGCACGCGCUUGAUCUGGAAGAGAGGGAGAGGUGGGAAUUGAACUGCCUGGACCCUCAGGGUCGGUACUUCGAUGCUGGCUGGUUCCGGCGUUCGACCAAAUUUUUACAUCAGAGUACCAGGAUUCAUGAGGUCUGGAGGACUCUGAGGCGGUGGGGCGACGGCCAGCUUCCUGCUGAGCUGGCCAAUGCUAUCAUGGAAGAUGUUGCAAAGUUCGAAGGUCUGCCAAUGUGUGACUUACGAACGCAAUACUUCACGAAGAAAGCAGUAAAUCAAGGUGCUGUGAGCUAUUUUCGUGAGGAAAUGGACUGUUGAGUUCUACAUCGGUGCGUCGCCAUCUAGACACCCAUCUUCGGUCUCUCUACCCUUCGCCGACUCUAGGAUAGCCAACACGUCCUGCUUUUGACCCAUACCUUCCAUAGCUCCGAAAACGUCAGUCAUGGUGCUAUCAACUACUUUUUCAAUGUCCGCUGGUUCCUGGAUACCUACUUCCCUCAAUGUACUCGGCAGCCCUAGAGAUUUCACAAAAUUGGCUACCGCAUCCGCAAGGCUGGACUCGUCUCUUUCGAGGACUUUGUUCCAGAUCUCCAGCACGCUCUGCUGUAAAUGUCUUUGCUUCUCUGAUUUAGACGCAUUGUAGCGUAGGACUGGGGCGAGCA